AUGAAGCAUAUAUUGAACCUCUAUUUUCUGGGAGUGGUGCUGACCUUCCUUUCGUUAUUCUUUGGAUUGGUGGAAUGCUUGUUCGAGGGUCCAUUGCCUGGGAGCUCCUGGACUGCCAGAGGCCAGCUAGCUGGUUCAGAGCCCCCCAAGGGCCUUCCAAGCCAGCCAUCUCAGCCCAAAGGGUUGCGUUAA